AAAUUGGUCUCAGUAUCCAUGGUUGUUUGAAUAUAAAUGAAAAUGGUGGUUUUGUAUUGACACGCUGUGGUUCAAUAGUUUAUCGCAAAUUCAGCAAAUUUUUGUAUCUAGCUUUCUAAACCCGCUGCACAUUUCAGUAUUUUAGCCGCAAUGGCAGAUUUAUUGGAAGCAUUGUACGAAAAGUACGAAGUUCUGUCGGCUGCAAAAGAUAAAAUUGAUCAGCACUCGAAAGAAUAUGAAGAUUGCAUAGAGGGCACAAAAGGUGAUGCAAAAGAAAAGAAACUGGCUGCACAAAUAAUUUGCAAGUUUUUUAAAAAUUUUCCUUCCCUGCAAGAUCAAGCCUUAAAUGCAAUUCUUGACUUAUGCGAAGAUAGUGACAGUGAUAUUCGAAUCUGCGCCAUGAAAACAUUACCAUUACUUUGCAAAAGUAACAAGGAAUUUGUCAGUAACAUAGGAAGUAUUUUGUCACAAUUACUGCAGUUAGAAGAUCAAGAUUAUACCACUGCAUGCAACUCUUUGAUUCAAGUAUUUAAAGAGGAUCAGGUAAAUGCCACUAAAGGUAUACUGUCGAACAUUCUUUCUCCUGCUGAUGAAACAAUCAGGGAGAAAUGUAUUAGUUUCUUAUAUACCAAACUGGCGAAACUUCAGGUUAAACUUGGUACUGAACUGGAGGAUUUGUUGAUUGAAGAAGGCAAGAAAAUUCUUCAGGAUUCUACAUCUAAUGAAUUCCUGAUUGUAAUGCCUUUUUUAAUGGAUUCAAAAUUGAUAAAAACAACAGCUGGGCAGCAAGAAAUGGUAGAUUUAGUGGCUGAAAGGGUAGAACUUAGUGAGACUUUUGACCCUCUAGAGGAGGGAAGCAAUAACACUGAUCGUUUAAUCAUGUGUGUGGAUUGUAUUCUGUCAGUAUUCAAUGCCAAUGUGAACUCCACAAAAUUUGUUGUAUAUUACUGUGAUCAAGUAUUACCAAGGUGGGAUACAAUUGGCACCUUAGAAAAUGGAGAAACUUUACAGUUAAGAUUGUUGAGACAAUUGGCAGAGCUUAGUGCUCACUGUGGAGAUCUUGAGAGUACUUCAGUUCAAGUUGGCCACAUUUUUGAAAAAAUCAAAGAUUACAUGCCCCUACCUCCUGAGAAUGUGGAUAUGAGUGAGGUGCCUAACCUAGACUUCUCAAGUGUUGAAUGUUUGCUCUAUGCAUUUCAUAAGUUAGCCCGAAAAUGCCCAGAAUUUCUAACAGCAGACCCACAACUUUUAAAGGAUUUUCGACAGAGGCUGCAGUAUUUUUCAAGGGGUGUGCAGGGGUGCAAGAGAGGCCUGGAAAAUACACUGGCUAACAAAAAGGACGGAUUAAGUAGAGAAGAACAGGCCAAAUUGAAAGUAGCCCCAAUAGUGUUGAACAAUAUUAAUUCUCUGAUCAAGGAUUUGUUUUACCAACCUCCAUUGUACAAGUGUAAUGUUCAAUUGUCAUUUAAGAAAGAAGACAAAAAAAUCAAGGUUAGCGAAACCCAUAUUUCUCCUUCAGGUGGAAAAAGACAUGUUCCCAUCACAUUCGAUUCUAGUAAUGGAUCCACUGCAAAGCAGAACAGGUCAAAUAGGAGUGGAGAGGAUAGGAAACUGUACACGCCGCCAAGCGGAAAAUUUAGUAAUAAUUUUGCUAGGUCCAGUUCGCGCGGGGGUCGCGGUCGUGGGGGCCCAGUACCAAGAGGCAGAGGCAGUCGAACAUGGAGGAAUUGAACAGGUUUGCUUAUAGGUUUUCAGAAUUGACAUUUUCUUCUUAGAGUUUAACAGUCUUUGGUAUUUGUAUCUCUUUGCUUAAAUUACAUUUGAAUAGACAACUAAAAUGUCAUGCUAGGCAAAAUAUUUCAGCAAUUUAAUUUAAGCUAAGAGAUUUGUGUUUCAUAAGUUACUCAUUUCUAAUUAUUCACUUCUUGUUUGAAUUUUUAUUUACGAAAGCAGACGAGUUUCGCAAAUAUUUAUUUUUGCUUUCCUUUCAAAUAGGUUGACUGUUCAGUCACAUAUCUAAAUUUGUCCUAUUUCUUUUUUAUCAUCAUCUUAAAACACAAAAAAAUAUGAUUGUUGCACUCCGGGGAUGCGCUUAGUUUCGAUGAUUACCUCACUUUGUUUCCCUUCAUUCUGCUUUUUCCUAAUAUUCCUAAUGUGGUUAUCAUUUGUUCUUCAUUUUUUCUUUUUGGGAUGGAGUACGGCUUGUCUGAAUAUAUAUCUUGGAAACCAUUGUUUUUUGUAACGGAAAAUAUAUGUUUAAUUUGACAUUUUAUAUAUGAAUUUUAAUUUUUGUCCUCUUUUGUGAACCUAGAGCAGCGAAAUGUUUAUAUGGUUUUUCGUAAUGAGUUAAUGCCUGUUAUAAAUAUUUUAAAAAUUUGUGUAAAAAUAAAGUGACAGU